AGCAUGAAAACCAAAAUGGCGGCGAUGUGGAAAAUAUUUCUAAGAAGUAAAAAUGCUGGAAUUUUUUCUGUAAUCCAUGAUUGGAGUAAGAUCGCUGCCUGCAGAAAGUUUUGUUUGCCAAACAGUUCCAAGUACAGUACAGAAAGUGCGACAUCAGCGGCAGAAGAAUUCAGCCUUCGGUAUUUAGAUGGUAAACACGAAGGAAUUGCCUUGUUUGUAAUGAACAGACCAGAAGCAAAAAAUGCCAUGAGCAAGAAUUUCCUAAGACUGUUUACAGAUGCCCUUACUUGUGUGAAGUUUGACAAGAAUGUUAGAACUGUCAUCAUCAAGAGUGAUGCGCAAGGUAUUUUCUGUGCAGGAGCUGAUCUCAAAGAGAGAGCUAAAAUGGCAGCACAUGAGGUUGGACCAUUUGUAUCCAUGGCUCGUGCAGCAAUAAUGGAACUAAACAACCUACCAAUGCCUACAAUUGCUGCUCUUGAUGGCCAUGCCCUAGGUGGUGGGCUUGAAAUGGCCCUGUCAUGUGACUUUAGGAUUGCUGCAAGUAAUGCUAAAGUGGGGCUGACAGAAACACGUUUAGCAAUUAUUCCUGGUGCAGGAGGGACUCAACGUCUACCAAGGUUAAUAGGCAUCUCAAAAGCCAAGGAGAUGAUUUUUACGGGCAAAAUGAUCAGUGGCACAGAAGCUGAAGAAAUAGGUUUAGCUGAUUUUGUUGCAGAACAAACUGAAACCGGUGAUGCAGCAUAUCAGAGAGCCCUUGUUCUAGCUGAAGAAAUUCUUCCCCGAGGACCUGUUGCUGUGAGAAUGGCCAAACUAGCAAUCAACAAGGGAAUUCAAGUUGACCUCACAUCUUCCAUGUCAUUUGAAGAAGGUUGUUAUGCUCAGGUUAUACCAACUAAAGACAGACUUGAAGGUCUGAAAGCAUUCAAAGAGAAAAGAACACCGCAGUACACAGGGGAAUGAAACAAAUAACAUGGAAGGAAAGCAUGGACAUGAUGAAGUUAAUGCACAAGGAAAACAAAACCAAGACUCUGGUUAACCCUUUGGCAUUAAGAGUGACUCGCAUCUAAUUUCUCCUUACAAUACCAACCCUGAAUCAAGCUUUAAGGUCAUGAGAAUAAAGGAAAUGAUCACCAACUAAAGAAGCUCUUGAUUCUGAAAUAAAUUCUCCUUGUCAACACCUUAGGAAAUAUAUAGUGAACUGUAUGGAGAAAUUGCACACUGAUGUACACUCUCCCUUUAUCUGCCCAUAAUAAAACAACUGUCUUACACA